AUGUGGGCUUGCGAUCCGGCGACCACGGCAGAAAUCGUGAACAGUUACAAUGCGGCCGGGCCCCUGUUCGUGCAGACCCUGCAGAGCUUCCUCGCAGCACAGUGCGCCCUGGCCGGUGACCACUUGUGGCCGCGUGACAUGACGGCCGCCGCUAUCGAAGAUCCCAACUACGACUUUAUUGUAGUCGGUGCCGGUUCUGCGGGUUCAGUGGUCGCAAACCGGCUAAGCGAAGUACCGAAUUGGAAGGUCUUACUCAUUGAAGCUGGUGGAGACCCUGAUAUUGGUACAGAGAUUCCUCAACUUUUCUAUAAUAACAUCGAUACUAAAACGGAUUGGUCUUAUAAGAUACAACCACAAGAAUCAGCAUGCAGAGGAAACAAUGAGAAUCGUUGUGCAUGGCCGCGUGGAAAAGUUCUAGGAGGCUGUAGUAGUAUUAAUGCUAUGUUUUAUGUAAGAGGGAACAAAUUAGACUACGACGAAUGGGCAGCCAGUGAUUUGGAGGCAUGCAGAAAGUUCGACAACAGAUCUGAUGAAUUUCUGAUAUGCAUCGCUCGCGAACUAACAUUUUCACUAUAUCAUCCAGUCGGUACUGCCAAGAUGGGCCCCAAGGAUGACGAGACAGCUGUUGUAGACCCAGAGCUGAAGUCGAGGCAGUGUCGAAGUAAGGUGGUGCACUUAUUUCGACAAAUCUUUGAAAUGGACUUGCUGACCAGCAAUAUCGCGACAGUCUGCCCUUUGGCCUUUUCCGGCACGGGAGGUGAAAUUUUCUUGAGAGCUGUGACGACACUAGUCGCGGCACAUUGCUCCAUUGUUGAUAACGAUUGGCCGCUUGAUAACAGCGAGGAGGUAAUUAAAAAAUCCAAAGUCGGAGGGUCAUAUGAUUUCAUUGUAAUUGGGGCUGGUACAGCUGGCUCAUUGAUAGCUAGUCGACUAUCUAAUAUCUAUCCUUCAAAGUCAAUACUUCUUGUGGAAGCUGGAGACGAUCCUGGAAUCGAAAGUGAGGUACCUGCCUUUUUAUUUUACAAUCAAAACACAAUGAACGACUGGAAUUAUAAAACCGAACCCGACGGGCGGAGUUGUUUGGGUUUCGAAAACAACAGUUGCAUUUGGAGCAAAGGGAAAGCUAUGGGAGGGUCUGGUUCCAUUAAUGCCAUGAUCUACAUAAGAGGACAUCCAGAAGACUUCGCUGAUUGGGGCAAGGGAUGGGAUUAUGACGCGCUUCUACCAUAUUUUGAGAAUCAAGAAGAAUAUUUAAAAAUAUCCGAUUACAUAGGUUUAGCAGAUAAUCAGUGGUACGAAAUCAUGGACGAAUCGUGGAGAGAACUGCAUUUUGCAACGCGUAAAUAUCAAGAUUACGAAGCCAGAAUCGGCACUAAGUUGGCUACGCUUCUUACGAGAAAUGGUAGACGUCUCAACACAGCCAAAGUUUAUCUACAAAGCGCAGGGAACAAUCUGCACAUCAUGAAAAAUGCUUUAGUUGAAGAAAUCAUUAUAGAUUCAAAGGCAAGGAGGGCCUCUGGUAUCAAAGUAAGAUACAAUAACGGCGCAAGUAUCAACAUAUUUUCAACCAGGGACGUCGUUUUGUCAGCCGGCUCGAUUGGCACACCCCAUUUAUUGAUGCUGUCUGGAAUUGGCUUAAAAAAUCAUCUUACCAAAAACAACAUCCCUUGUGUUAUAGACCUGCCCGUUGGACAGAACUUGCAGGAUCAUUUAAUAGUUCCCCUGUAUUUAAAAACUAAUAUAAAAGCGAAUGUCUUACCAGAAUCGAUAGAACUAUACUUAUUACAAUAUAUGCUUAACAGAAGCGGUCCGUUCUCCAAAAUAGGCAUAACGGACUUUAUGGGUUUCAUCAACACGCGCAAUAAUUCAGAACAACCUGACGUCCAAUUUCACCACAUGUAUUAUCCGAGGAGCGAUAAAGCGUCGCUAUUGCGUUACCUCGAAGGUAUUGGAUAUAGAGAAGAUGUCAUGAACAGUGUAGCAGACUUGAACAAUCGGUACGACCUAUUGGGAAUAUAUCCGACUUUGUUGCAUCCGAAAUCAAAAGGCGCAGUUAUGUUAAACAGUAAGAGACCAGGGAUGAAACCGAAAAUCAUACCCAAUUACCUCGAGCACCCUGACGAUACCGAAACACUGAUUGAUGCAAUCAAAUUCGUUCACACAUUGGAAUCAACAAAAGCCUUUAAGAAAUUGGGAAUUCAGAUGGUGCACAUAGAUCUGGAGGGAUGUUCGCAGUUCGUUUUGGAUAGUGAUAGCUAUUGGAAAUGUUACAUACAACACAUGGCCAUAACGAUCUACCAUCCAGCCGGCACGGCGAAGAUGGGCGAUGAUGAAACUUCUGUGGUCAACAAUGACUUAUUGGUCCACGGCGUAGAUAACUUGAGAGUUGCGGAUGCCAGCGUUAUGCCGACUAUGCCAGGGGCCAACAUAAUGGCGGCAACUUUAGUCAUAGCGCAAAAAGCGGUUGAUAUUAUGCAACAGACAUAUUCGCAGAAAUCGGAACUG